AUGGAUAAGGCGCUGGACAAAGACUCGAAAGAGGAACCUGGCUUACAGGAAGAAGAACAGCUUUCUGACCCCUCUUGUCCCGCGCCGGUGAACGAAAGACGGCUGUUGUGGAAAAUAGAUGUGUUUGUCUUGUCAUUCGUUUGUCUGCAGUACUGGAUCAAUUACGUCGACAGAGUUGGUUUCGCCAACGCAUAUGUUUCUGGGUUGAAAGAGGAUUUGGGGCUGCGAGGCGACCAGUUUAACUUGAUCAACACCUGCUUCACAGUAGGAUACGUAUUGGGCAUGAUCCCCAAUAAUUUGAUGCUUUUGGUAGUUCAGCCACGGAUCUGGUUGAGUUUCUGCACUCUUGCGUGGGGUAUAUUAACGCUCUCUAUGUACAAAGUCACCAAUUUCCGGCAAUGCUGCGCAAUCCGAUUUUUCCAAGCCAUUUUUGAAAGCUGCACAUUUUCCGGAACUCACCUUAUCCUGGGGUCAUGGUACCGCGAAAACGAGCUGAGUAUCCGUUCGGCCAUUUUCACAAGUAGUGGACUAGUCGGAUCGAUCUUUAGUGGGUUUAUGCAAGUGGGAAUCCACGAUUCCCUAAAUGGACGCAGAGGAUUGGCGGGCUGGAGAUGGCUGUUUAUUGUCGAUUUUUUGAUCACCAUACCAAUUGCCAUUUACGGCUUCAUUUUCUUUCCUACAACCCCAGACCACAUGAAUCGUAGGUCGGAAGUUCCAAGAUGGCUCUUUUCGAGUCAAGAGCUUGAGUUUGCCAAGCGUAGACUGCCACAACGCGAUGAGCGCGCGAAACUGGACUGGUCCGUGUUUCUCCGUGUUGUUGGAAGAUGGCAUUGGUGGCUGCUCUCAUUGCUGUGGAUUCUGGGUGGUGAAAAUAUCUCUUUGGCGUCAAAUUCGACUCUUGCCUUAUGGUUACAGUCCCAAGGCUAUUCCUUGGCAAACAAAAACCAAUAUCCAAUGGGAAUCUAUGCUGUAGGUAUCGUUGCUACAUGUGGUGCUGCCGUUUACAUGGACAAAUAUCGCCAUUCUCAGCAUUGGCAUGUUGCACUUUUCAUUGGCGUUGUGAUGUGCGUUGUAGCAAUCAUGAUGCGGGUGGCACCCAUCAAUCCUGCAGUACUGUUCACGGCUCAAUACUUGGGCGGAGUUUCGUAUGCUGCACAGGCCAUUUUUUUCAGCUGGGCCAACGUCGUGUGCCAAAAUGAUCUACAAGAGCGGGCCAUUGUCUUGGCUUCCAUGAACAUGUUUUCCGGAGCUGUGAAUGCAUGGUGGUCACUAAUUUUUUACUCUGCGGCAAUGGCACCUCGGUAUGAGCGUGGAUGUUAUGCAUUGAUUGGCACUGCCAUCGGGAGUUGUGUGGUGGCCGUGUUGAUCCGCUGGCUUCAGCGCCGGGAUCAGAAUCGAAGCUCAGACAAGCGCUUGAAUUACGCCUCAGCAGACUCCUGGCAAUGA